AUGGGUCAGUCUCAUUCGAAAGCGCCUUCUCACCAUGAACAGCAACGCACCAGCCAUGACGCCGUUUCAUCCGCGCCAUCACGUCCACCCUCCACCCCGGCACCAGGCUGGAUCAAGAUCCCUCGUUCAAGAUUCAUUAGCAAACAUCGACACAAUGUCUCGUCCAGCCAGGACGUCUCGCCACCUCAGCAGCACCAGUUCAUCCCAAAACAACAACGUCAGCGCUCGGUCGGUCCCAUCCGCACGCGACCAGAACCGUCCGAGUACGGCCUCAGGCGGCCUUCGCAGCCAGUAUCGCCCCUGACACCGUCGGUGCGCAUCCAGGAGCGACGGUCGAGCAGAGCCAUCUCGGUCGAGCUCGACAAGCAGCGCCGUCUGCCAGUGUACCCAGUCGGGAUGACGAUCGAAACCUCUCUCAACACGCCAAAGCGGGCAUUUGGCAGUGCGGACACUGGCAAUUUGUCCCAGUCGUCGUUCACGUCCUUGGCGCCGCCCGUCCCCCCUUCGCCCGUGCCUCCCCUGCGCAAACAACGUCGCCCCUCGGCACAGGCGGUGACGAGACAGGACAGGUCCGACUCGGCUGACUCGAGCGUCACUGCCAGCUUGGCUGACGUGGCCAUCGCGAGCGCGCCGGGCACUCAGACCAAGGCGGCCAGCGAAGCUCGGCCUUCGACAAGUGGUGCGGUCGUGUCUGCGGGAACAGGAACGGGCACUGUGCUGAGCUCGAUCGGCACAUCAUCCGCCGCAGAAGGAGCGUCUACGGUGGCGACGAGCGUCACGGCGGCGUCCACCUCUCAUCCAGCGUUGGCCAGAAAAGGAGCAGGUGAGAGCCUCGGAUGCGUGACUCUGUCGCCUGCACUGACUGCGUCGGGACGCCUGUCAGAGGCCUCGGAUGCCGGCACCAAGGAGAUCCUGCUUUCCGAUCGCGACUCGGCAGCUGCGCCAAAGAUGAGCUCCGACUCGUUCGUACGUGGACCGUUCGACGAACAGCAUCCAGACCUGUACAGCUUCUAUCCCGCCGGAACCUCGCUGACCAGGCCCGUCGCGCAUACUGUGCCCACCACCACCCCUUCGCCCCUUUCUCGCAUGAUCGAGCUGCAGGCCGAAUCGCCUCCGUCCCGCCAUGUUGGAGCGGUCCCCGAUCUCUCGUCGCCGCGUCCCGACUCGAGUCACUAUGACAGUCUCGGAAGAGGAGGAACCAGCCUGCACGCACAACCCGGUAGCUUCCGCUCGUUCCGUUCAACGAGCGAGGGAAGCGUGCGGCCGUAUCGGCCUCUUCCGGUUGCGCCAGCUCGACACCGUGGCUACUCGCUCGGCCUUGUGGCGGAUGACCGUCGAGACGCGUCGGUUGGGGCCGACUCGUAUGUCACGGCUGAUGCUCACAGCCGGAUGCAGAGCGUAGACCAACCAGGCGCUCGUCGGAUCGACGGUCUGCCGCCGAGCGACGGCCAUCUGUACCCUCUCAUGGCAAUGGGCAUGGUGGCCGCUGCAACCUCGCCCACGCAGUACACACACAGCAGUCGCGGUCCAUCUGUUGCGGGUGACAGUGAGGGACGUCGCUAUUCUCGAGGCAGUGCAGGUUCGCUGAUCUCGCCCGUUGCUGGACCACGUCCUCUGCCAGCGAUCCCGUCAAAGGGUGUCGAUGCAGGUGUCGACGAGGCCGACUAUUCGCAGUGCAAGGGUAAGAGUAAGCGGUCCAGUUUCGUCGCCGCUGGUCACAACGACGGACCACCUCUGUCGCCUUCUGCGUUCUACGAGACCAAUACGCAGGUUCCAUUCGUUCCCACUGCGUCGCCACCUGUGGCACCUAGGCAUAGCUGGACUUCUGAUGGGGCGUGGUCUGCAUCCGUCGCGGCACCUUGCUCCACCUACGGAGCCGCAGGCAAUCUAUCCCACCCCGAACGGACCAUCGGCGACAGCCACACCCUCCACCAAGCUUUAGCGCAGCCCACUCAUCACCAUACCUGCCACCAAUCCAUACCACCCUCGGACACCAUCCUCGACACCACAGACGCCGAGAUGAGCAGACUCGAAAAGUCACGCUCCGGAAGCCGCACGCUCCCUCCAGCAUCUCCGCACACUAGCACGCAGCUUCCCGACAGCCUCGAGCGCGCACCCUACGCCGACACGGGCGUCCAAGCGAGCCUGGCCGCGCUCCGUGCGCUCGAGUCGCCAGGCGAGAGCCUGCGCACCAUGUUCGCGCGCCAACGCAUGUUUGGCGAGCCUGAUGCCUCGGUCACCGAGAUGCUGCGCGACUCGCAUAUCCUCGACGGCGAGUCAUGCUUGGACGAGGAGGAGGUGCGUGCGGUCAGUGGGCCGAGGCGGAGGAGACGCGCGGCGCCGUACCCGACGUCGUCGGACGAGGUGUCGUCGAGCGGUAGGAGCCUGUCUGUCCGGCACUUUGGCGCGGCGAGGAGACAGGGACGGAGACGCAGGGAGUACUCGGGUAUGGCCGAGGCAUCCGGCACUUCGAACGCAGAAAUGAGCGGGAGAGGGUCUGAUUCGGAGAGCGCGACGCUAGCUGCCGUGCGGUUGGUUGCGUCAAGGGCGAGGGGUUUGAGGAAGGUGGUGGAUCGGGAGGGGGAAGGGGGUACAGAGCAUGGGGUAGGCCAGGAACGACCUCGUCAUCAGAGGUACGUGACUGCGCAUUCGUAUGCUGAUCUGACGGGCCCCGAUGUGCAACAGGAAGACAUUCCACAUCCCUCCCCGCCUACGCAAUCGGCAUCUCGAACGAAUCCUCCCUCUACGAAGCACCGUACCCCACGCUCCCCGUCAACACCGCUCGUCGCGUUCCCCCAGCAGGACUACCACACUGCAACCGCCGCUGCCAAACCCGUCCCACGAGACAAUCCUCAACACACUCGACUCGCACACCGCAUGGACCAGCAUCACCGCCACCGAUCACGCAGCGACGCCCACGCAUCCAGCACAGCACGGAGCAGCAAGCUCGCCGCGCACAGAGCGGCACGACGCGAUACCGAGAUCAGCCGCUACGACGCUCAGAUCGCCGAACUGCUCCUGCUGCGCGAUAAAGUGCUGCAGCUGGAAAGCACGGUGGGUCAGAGCUUCACCACGUCAAACUAUGGCGACUUGGCGUACAGUGUGGAUGGCUCGACCAAGACGGCGAGGAGGAAGUCGAGGCCGUCCAAGCUCGGGUAUACUGUGCCGGAUAUUGUCGCUUGGCAGGCAGGGUUGGGGAGCAGUAGCAGCGGCAAUGCCGCGUCGUCUGCAGUGCGUUGA